CAAUAUGGUUUAUAUGCGUUUUAUAUAUGUAUAUGAAGUUUUGAAGAGGUUUUGGUACAUGUAUUCGAUGGGAUACAUGUAUAAAUCCCCAUUGAAGGAUGUAUAAGUGUUGUGCCUCUUUAUCACUUCUUUCACACUCCUAUCAACAUCUACUUCCUGGUCUAUAGUAGAGAUUACAUCUAUAAACAGUAUUUUGUCGGGAUAUUAUUUGUCUCACAAUUUUACAUUUUUUUUUUUACAAAUUUGUGAUGCCCAAGCUGAAAUUUUGUGAUUGAUUCUAAAAGGUUGUAACAAAGAAUUACUUAUGUGAACUGAUAACAAUGGGAGCUUGUUGUUCGAAAACUACAGGGGAUAAACCAGUGGAAUUUAGUGAUUUAUCAAAUAAAAAUGGAACUGACGAUACACAGAAAAAGGAGAAUAAACGUUAUACACAGGACCCAACAAUACCAAAGAAUAUUUCUGCUGCCAAUGAACUGUCAUCUGGUGCAGCCUCCGACGAUAAAGCAGCAAGCAAAGGUACACUAAGAGCUUUAUAUGAUUAUGAUGCUAGGGCAGAAGAUGACUUGUCAUUCAAGAAAGGGGAUCUGCUGUUCCUGCUAGAUGAAAAUGAUGCAGAUUGGUGGUUUGCUCGACAUUCAGAUCCUCGAUACACUAACAAUAAAAAUGAGGGAUAUGUCCCGAGGAAUUACGUAGCCAAAGAGGACUCACUUUAUGCAUAUGAGUGGUUUAUGGGAGCCUUCUCAAGAAAAGAAACAGAGAGAUUAUUAUUGAGUAGAGAAAACACUCCAGGAACAUACCUUAUCAGAGAAAGUGAAACAAGUCCAGGUAACUAUGUAUUAUCUGUACGUGACAAUGAUGAAGUUAAAGGACCAACUGUCAAACAUUACAAAAUUCGUAACAUGGAUAAUAAUGGUGGAUUUUACAUAGCGGCAAGAAGAGUAAUGAGCUCUCUACCAGAGCUGGUAAAUCAUUAUUCACAAGGUCCAGAUGGUCUUUGUCGUCAGCUUAUGGAACCAUGUCAGAAACCAAAGCCAGUGAUGGACGAUUUGUCAAGAGAUACCAAAGAUGCCUGGGAAAUCUCAAGAGAUGCUUUAACAAUGGAUAUCAAACUUGGUGCUGGACAGUUUGGUGAAGUGUGGAGAGGUACAUGGAACAAGACAACGCCAGUUGCUAUAAAAACAUUAAAACCAGGAACAAUGUCUACAGAAGCCUUCUUAGCUGAAGCAUUCAUCAUGAAGCAAUGUAAACAUGAUAAGUUAGUAAGACUAUACGCUGUAUGUUCCGAUGGUGAACCUAUAUAUAUUGUAACAGAAUUAAUGUCAAAGGGCAGUCUAUUGGAACAUCUACGUUCAGAUGAAGGACAACAGUUGAAAUUCCCACAGUUAGUUGAUGUUGCUGCACAGAUUGCAAGUGGAAUGGGUUUCUUAGAGGCCAAAAAGUUUAUUCACAGAGAUUUAGCUGCUAGAAACAUUUUGAUUGGUGAUAAUAAUGUAGCUAAAGUAGCUGAUUUUGGAUUGGCCAAGAUUAUUGAAGAUGAUGAAUACAACCCAAAACAUGGUUCUAAAUUCCCAAUAAAAUGGACAGCACCAGAAGCAGCAUUAUAUGGAAAGUUUACCAUCAAAUCAGAUAUAUGGUCUUAUGGUAUAUUGCUUGUAGAACUUGUCACUCACGGACAAAUACCAUAUCCAGGUAUGCAAAACCGAGAAGUAUUAGAACAGAUCGAGAGAGGAUACAGACAAUCUAAGCCAAGCAAGUGUCCAGAGUCUAUGUAUGACAUUAUGAAGAAAUGUUGGGACAAAGUUCCAGCUAACAGACCAACAUUUGAAUACUUGUUUAAUUUCUUUGAUGACUAUUUUGUGUCUGCAGAACCAAACUACAAAGAAACAGAUGAUUAUUAGAGAUAUUUGUGUUUUAGUGGAAUUGGAGAAAAGUGCCAGUUAUUAACAGUUAUUUAGAACAUUCAAAUAUCGUGACUUAUAAGUAGUUUAACUGUUAUUUGACAUUUAUUCUACACAAGUUUUAUUAGUCCCACAUCACAACUGAAAAGCUAAAAAAUAAAACUACUAUGAUACAUUAGAAUAUUGAAAAGCGUUUUUAUUUUGCAGUUUUUUUCUGCAUAUUUCAGUAAUAUUCUAAAUCUUGAAUAUGUAAAUAAAUAGUUUUGCAGUGCAUCUUUAGUGCUAUAGAACUGUGUCAAAGAUAUAAUAGAAAGUGUUAUAGUAUUCACAUGAUUUAUACUUGAUGAGUUUAAAGUGGUCUUAAAUGACUGCUUUUCAUAGGAUUAUUGAUGACUAAAUAUUUCCUUUAUAUACUUAAUAUCUACUAUUGAAUACAUUGUGUUGAAUACUGAAUUUCCUGUUAAGAUUAUAAGAAUUGCAGGUUCAAUUCUGACAGCUAACAAAUUAUAACAAAUCAAAGAUAGCAGUUGAAUUGGUUUUAUUUAAUGAUAUAUCUUAAAUUCAUUAAAUUAUGUUUAUAUUUAAACUGUGAUGCUUUUUAACUAUGCAAAAAAUAAAGUAUUUGCUUCUGGAAAGUAAAAUGUUUCAUUUUGACAUACAUGUAGAAUUCAUUCAUUUAUCAUCCCUCCAUUUUUUAUAUCCUUUUUUUUUUUAAAUGUCACAAUGUUACGAUUACCACCUUUUGUUUUAUAUUUUUCUACAAAAUAUGAAUUAAAAAAAAAUAAUUUGAUCUUGGACCAAUUUAUCAAACAUUCCUGUAUCUAUUUGAAAUUUUAUUCACUAAUAGGAGAGGGUGAAACUUUAACAUACAAGCAAAUACAAGAAGACCUCACUAUCACUUUAAGGUGGUAC